AUGCCGGAGACGACCCGCGGGAAAGGCUGCGACGGAGGAAAUGAAUCAAAAUCUCGCCGUUUACCAGGCGAGUCAUUCUACGACUUACGCCGUCAGCGUGACGUCAACCCCGGAUAUCUACAACUGCGGGUUGAUGGCGGCAGCAACAAUUGCUCCGGAAGGGUUCAGUUAUUAUUCAAUAACCGCUGGGGAACGGUGUGUGAUGACUCCUGGGGUCUCGCCGAUGCCAAUGUCGUCUGCAGACAGUUGGGCUGUGGCUCUGCUCUUUGGCCUCCAGGAGCGGUGACCAUUGCCCCGGCCUCAGGUGAUAUCUGGCUGGAUGAAGUGAAAUGCACGGGAAGGGAAUCAUUCCUGUCCCGUUGUCCGUCUUCACCGCUCGGCCAACAUGACUGUGAACACAAGGAAGAUGUCUUUGUCACCUGUUCUGGUGAAUCUAGCAUGAUACCUUGUUUCCAAAGCCUGGCUUGAAAUGAUUGAAGUAGCUCGGCGUUUCA